AGAAUCCUCCAUUACAGUUUUGUCUCGUGUGAAACCUAUACGCGUUGUCAACAUGGCCGGACCAUCGCCGAGCAGAACCGAGGAAGCAUCCGCCUUUUGCAGCUACCUUGUUCAGGACAAUUCAAGCAAAUGCUAUGUGUCAAUAAAGAUACGGAUCCACUUCAUUGUCAUGAAGAGCUCAAACCCCCAAACAUAGUCAUUGAAAACAGUACAGAUGAAACAAUCUGAUCAAAGUCAAUAGUACAUUUGGCUCUGAAGGUAGAGGUCGGUGUAUCAAAGUAGGUCAAAAUUGGUACACUCCAAUUAAAUUCAAAAUGAUAAACGUAUUUUUUAUAAACGCUCUGUCACAUAGCGCAUUAACCUACUUUUAUACAGCGGCCUCUACCUCCAAAACCAAAUCUAAGUACUUUUAUGUAGCUCAGCAUUCGUGUUGUUGCUGAAACUAUCUUCUUUCCUUCCUUUCGUUACGCUAGCAAAUCACGGAUCGUUAUUAGUUUUCCGAUAGAUAAUAGAACGGAAUUGCGGGUUCGCGAUUGGCUGCGUAUGUUACGCGUACACAAAGUACGCCCCAUGAGUAAUCAGCCUGACCAUUGAGGGACUAGUUGAAAGAAAUUUCCUAGCCAAAUUUGUUUUAUUUCCAAUCACAAAGAAAAUAUAAAGUUUUUCUUUUAAGUAAUAGACCAUCAAUCACCGACAAACGUUUCUACAUCAAUUUAUAUAUAUGAUAAAAUGGAGUUCUAUAAAGCUUCGUAAAAGUUUCAAUACAUUGUACAGAUCCCAUUUUAUAAUAGCCGCCAUUUAACAGUAAAGAGAGAAUUGUCUCAACAGGCUGUGGUCUCAACUUCGCUUUUGUAUCGAAUCGAGAUAUAAUUGAAUGUAAUACAAAGAAAUAAGGAAAUGGUGGGUGUUUUAAAUGAAUCUGACAGUGAGGAUGAAAUGCCACCUGGUUGGGAAGAACGUGCUACUUUAGAUGGAAAUGUUUAUUAUGUGAAUCACUACACCAAGGGUACGCAGUGGACACAUCCCCGUACUGGUCGUAAGAAGAUAGUGGAGGGAGAACUACCUGCUGGCUGGGAAAGAUGUGUUUCUGAGGAUGGCAAGGUUUUAUUUGUUGACCAUAUGAAUCGCACAACCACUUAUACCGAUCCCAGGUUGGCUUUUGCCACCGAAUACAGAGAGAUUUCACAACCUGUAAGACAACGCUUUGAUGCUAGCAGUACAGCCUUAUCUGUAUUACUUGGUAGAGACUUACGUGGUAAAUUAGCUCUUAUUACUGGAGCAAAUACUGGAAUAGGCUUUGAAACAGCAAGAUCACUGGCUCUCCAUGGAUGCAAUGUUAUCUUGGCUUGUCGCGAUGUACAGAAAGCACAGGAAGCUGUCAAGAAGAUACAGCAAGAAAAGGAAAAUGCACUCUGUGAAGUUUUACACCUAAAUCUAGCUUCUUUGCGUAGCGUGCGAGAUGCUGCUGAAAAAUUCAAACAAAGGCAUAGGACACUACACAUUCUUAUACUAAAUGCUGGAUUAUUUGCUGUACCAUAUAUGCUCACAGAGGAUGGUUAUGAAACAAUAUUUCAAGUGAACCAUUUGUCGCAUUUUUACCUAACACUAUUGCUUGAACAUGCAUUACGAACUUGUGCAAGUCCUAGAGUGGUCAUAGUAUCUAGUGAGUCUCAUAGGUUUUCUUCAAUACAAUCUGCAGAAGACAUCCAUCCAUUGACGUUAUCUCCACCAGCAUACAAAUAUUGGUCUAUGGGUGCAUAUAAUGACUCAAAAUUAUGCAAUAUGUUAUUCGCACAAGAAUUAGCCAGACGAUGGCCAUCAGUGAGUGUCUUUAGUUGUCAUCCAGGAAACAUGGUGUCGUCGGAUCUAUCCAGAUAUUCCUGGACCUUCCGGUUACUUUUUGCGAUUGUCAGACCUUUUACCAAGUCUCUACAACAGGCAGCUAGUACCACGGUUUUUUGUGCAACUGCACCGGAACUGGAAGGUGCAACUGGUAUAUAUUUUAACAAUUGUUAUCGCUGCGACCCUUCUAAUGCAGCUUUAGAUCCAGCAUUAGCUAUCAGAUUAUGGAAUAUCAGUCAAGAAAUGAUAAUUAGCAUUGUCAAAAGAGACAAGCUUUGGUACGAUCUGGCGUUAAAAUAAUCGAUCUAGUACAAUUCACCAACAACUUCAUGAACUGAGAGUUGUUUUUGUUAUCAAAACUUUUCUUUGCAUUACCAAAAUAGAUAUUACUCGUUUA